AUGUCGAUCGUCCAAGAAGAUACAAGGAAGAUUCAAACGUUGGUGGAGCAAAGUUGCCCCAUUGAAGAUGAUAGAAUUCACUACUCUGUGCCAAUACCAAACACCAAGCAAGAUGGGUUCAGUCCAGUUUAUAGAAAUGCCAAGUUUGCUACCAGUGGUAUCAAGUCUACGAUCCACCCCUCUAUCAACACUUUAUACGCGUCUUUCCUGUCUGCUGUGAAUAAUUUUGCCGAUGAACCAUGCUUGGGUUAUAGACCCAAAUUAGCAGAUGGUACCGUGGGUCCUUAUGAGUUUGAAACUUUUAGUGAAAUAAACAAGAGAAAGAAUGACUUCGGAGCUGGGCUCUUCUUCAUCUUACAAAACAACCCGUUCAAAACAGAUGCUCCAUUCCAUCAGAAGAUCGACAACCACUUGCUUACUGGUGACGAUCAAUUCAUUGUUUCCAUCUUUUCUGCAAAUAAGAAGGAAUGGUUAAUAACUGAUUUUGCCUGUUCCCUGUACUCUUUAAACAGUACUGCGCUUUACGAUACCUUGGGAAAGGACACUUCGAAAUACAUUUUGGCACUUACAGAGUCACCUGUGUUAGUCUGUACCAAGGACAAACUUGAAGGCAUUAUAGCUUUGAAGAAUGAAUUCCCAGAAGAUCUUGCAUCUUUGAUCCUGCUUGUCUCCAUUGAUGAAUUGGAUUUAGUUGGUUCGGCUGCUGACAAGGGACUCAGUGAAAAGGCUAGGGCCGCAGGUUUAACCCUUUUCGACUUCAAGCAGGUUGAAAAGUUGGGAGAAAUUUACCCACAGCCACCUAUUGUUCCAAAGCCUGAAACAAUUUAUACUAUCUCCUUCACCUCCGGUACCUCAGGAUCUAAUCCAAAGGGGGUUGUCUUGACUCACGCCAAUGCUGCUGCUGCCAUUGCAUUUGCUGCUACUGUUUGUCCAAUGGUUAAAAGUGCAAAGAAUUUCUCCUUCUUACCAUUGGCCCACAUUUACGAAAGAUGUGUUUCUGCAUUUGCUUUAUAUGCUGGUGCGGCAUUAGGAUUUCCUCAAGGCCCAUCUCCAUUGACACUUUUAGAUGAUUUGAAGGCAUUAAAGCCAAAUUACUUUAAUAUGGUCCCAAGAGUCUAUUCUAAGCUUGAAGCUGCCCUUAAGGCACAAACUAUAAAUAACGAAGAAAAACCAUGGUUAGCCAGUAUUUUCAAGAAGGCAAUUGAUGCCAAGAUUGAAUUGCAAAGUGCUCAAGAUGGAGCUGAAGGCAAGCAUAUCUUCUACGACCCACUCUUGAACUUACUCAGAAAAAAAAUUGGUUUAGAAAAUUGUCGGUUUGCUACCUCUGGUUCUGCACCAAUCGCCCCAAAGAGUGUUAAAUUCUUGAAGGCAGCUUUAAACAUGGGAUUGGGCCAAGGUUAUGGAUUAACUGAGACUUUUGCUGGUGUCUGUGUUUCUCCUCAAUACGAGGCAAACCCAGGUUCAUGUGGUGCAAUUGCCGUAACUACAGAAAUGAGAUUGAGAGAAAUUCCAGAAAUGAACUAUCAUGCCGAUGACGAGGGCGGACCAAGAGGUGAAUUACUUCUUAGGGGGCCUCAAGUUUUCAAGGAAUACUUUAAAAACCCGGAAGAAACUGAAAAAUCAUUCGACAAAGACGGCUGGUUUUACACCGGUGAUAUUGCCAAAAUUGAUGGAAUUACUGGUAGAAUCUCAAUCGUUGAUAGAGUCAAGAAUUUCUUUAAAUUGGCUCAAGGUGAAUAUAUCACACCUGAAAGGAUUGAAACUACUUAUCUGACCACCAACCCAAUUGUUUCACAAAUUUAUGUCCAUGGGGAUUCAUUACAAACAUAUUUGGUUGCUAUUAUUGGUAUAGAUCCAGUAUUAGGUAGAAACUGGUUGGUAAAGAAUGAGGGUGCUAGUGCAUCAGAAAUUGAAGACGACCAAGCUUUCUUGAAAAAGGUCAAUGAACGUGGAAUUAAGACCAAAUUCUUGACAGCAAUAAACGCCAACGCUUCUGAGCUUUUACAUGGAUUUGAAAAAGUCAAUAACGCUCUUAUAGAUCUCGAACCAUUAACCAUCGAAAAGAAUGUUAUCACUCCAACAUUGAAGAUUAAGAGACCUAUUGCUAAGAAGUUCUUUGAAAAGGAAUUCAAGCAAUUGUACGAUGAAGGUUCAUUGACCAAAGCACAAGAAUCUAAAUUUUAA